UUGCAAUCAAACCGCUGUAACAAAAGAAAUGAAGGCGCCAGGAGUUUGUGUUUCAGCCAUCAUUUUAUUAUCCUUGGUGGACUGGGCAAGUGCGGGUCCAGGCGCCGCAGGACGGAACUCAACAGUGCCGAAGGCGGGUCACUGCCCGCGGCGCUUGAACGUGGUGCCGUCAAAACGGGCGUGCGUCUGUGAUGAGGAUUGCCCAGGAACGGACAAAUGCUGCGUCUUCGACUGUGGCGCCGUCUGCGUGCCUCCUGCUUUCACAAAGCCGGGGGUCUGUCCUCGUAGAAAGCGCGGCUCAGGAAUGUGCGCGGAGUUCUGUGCCAAUGACAGCGACUGCCCCAAAGACGAGAAGUGCUGCCACAACGGAUGCGGCCAUUCCUGCAUUGCACCAUACACAGUGAAGCCUGGACGCUGUACUCGUCCCAAGGGGACCCCGAUGUGUGCUGAGUUCUGUUACCAUGACGGCGAGUGCCCUGGGGAGCAGAAGUGCUGUAGGACCACCUGUGGCCACUCUUGCAGCGAGCCAUGCUGAGUGUGCUGGAGGCAGGGGGUAGGAAGACCAUUCACGCAGGCAGUCUACUCCUCGUACUUGAACCCCUCAUUUUUAAUCGGCAAAAAAAUCUCCUCCCCCAAGUGUAAUGUUUAUGGGUUUGUUUGUUUUUUUUUAAGUAUAAUUUUAAUGUUUCUGUUGCAACCAAUUAAACGAACUGGC